UGGUGAGAGCGGAAGUAGUGAUUCCGUGAAUCUUCCCCGGGGCGCUCCAUUUCCGUGAGGAGUAACCUACGCAUCGUCCGGACGGACCGCGAGCAGCCCACGGGAUUCACGCGCAAAUCGCGAUCGGACGAGGAACGGAUUUUACGCACGAGAGUCGUGAAAAUCGUGAACGUGACGCGGUACAGCCGCGGGAUCCGCCGACGAGUGGCGCGUCUGUGAGAACGCGCGUUCCCCUUGGCGUGCGUGACGUAAUUGUAUUGAUCCGCGGCGGUGGAAGGACCCGAGAGAGUCGCGCAUUCGCCAUCUUGGACGAAUUGGUAGAAAAGAAGUUUCCGUGCGUCCCCGUAGGCGCGGUGCCUGCCGUCGUAAAGGGUGCAAUCCGUGGCGAUCCGCGCGUUAAUCUAGUUUCACUGGGAGUUAACCCUGUUGUGAAUUGGUAACCCAUUUGGACGGACCAAGACAAAGGGUUCGUUCUUUGGGUCUGAUUGGUACUAAAUGGUUGCGUGCAGACAGCAUGUCUACUCUGUCAGGGAUUGUGUCGAAGGGGGAGAAAGGAAAAUCCAAGUUUCAAUCAUUAGAUAUCAAUAGCUUGUACCGGGUGAGUAGGGGUGAAUGUUUGGAGCCGCAUCAACAAAAAAAUACAUUACCGCGCAAACAUGGAAUGCAAAGUCUUGGAAAGGUGCCUUCGGCACGGCGUCCUCCAGCUAAUUUGCCCAGUUUAAAAAGCGAAACUAGCAGCAGUGACCCGGCUGUCAGUCUUGUGCCAAGUGGAGGAAGUGGUUGGGCUACUACUAAGGAUUCAACAUCAUCGACCACUACUACUACCACCACAGUAGCAACUUCAUUAGAUAACACUACUACUGUCUCUUCAACAGCACAAUGCGCAGCAGGGACCACUGUUUCAACAUCCCUACAUUCUUUACUGCCGACACAACAAAAUGUGUCACAAGCUCCUUUUUUGGAUCAGGCAAACAACAAAUCAUCAUGGAGUGCGAUUAUGAGCAGAACAGGAGACGGUACGCCCAUUGUGGCAGCAGUGGUUGGUUACGCGGGGCUCGUGGGGGGCGCGAAAGGGGGAAGAGGUGCCCUUGGACUGAGUUUCCUCGCCCACCAGUCCCCGCAGUUCCAACACGAGUUUCCCAGUCUCAGUGGACAGCCGUCCGCCUCCGUCUCCACUCAGAGCCAGACUCAACAGUCCUCAACAACAUCCAAUGCAAUCUCAGUCGCAGUCCAACACUCGUUACUACAGCAACAGCCGUAUUCCCACAACCAUUCAGGUGGAGCGCCGGGAAACCAACAGCAAUUGAAUCGAGAGUUAAAUGCGCAAUAUGGUCCAGGGCCGAGCUUGCGUCCACAGACCGAAGGAAGUUGGAUUCAAGGCGGAAGUCGUACGGCAGGUGGCGCAGUACCAGUAACAUCAGCUGGUCCCGGAAAUGGGAAUACUCCGGCGGGCCAGGCCCUCCCUUUAAAUAUACCUGUUUCAGGAGGGCAUACCCAGGAGGGACCCGGUGGAGGGCGGCAGAACUUGGGCCAAUCGCCCAACAUGGGCGCGGGCCCGGGAGGCCAGCAUAAUUCCGUAAACAAUCAAGGUCCUGCACCUUCUUCCGGUUCUCAUCAGGUUGGGCCAAAUCUGCAUCAUUAUCGGGGACUUAUCCCGCCAUUUAUGUAUAGAUCAAAUUUUCCUGGUGGAUUUUCUUCGCAAUUUGCACCAAAUGCUGGACCCAACAGCCCCCGACCUAGAUUUAAUCAUCCCUUGGAUCGAUUCCCACCUCCUCAACGUGAGCGCGUAGCUGAAGAAGAAAUUCUGACUAGACCCAUUAUCAAGGAGGAAGAUCUUACUCGUAUGGAUGAUAUUUCCCGUGACGCAGGAUGGGCUGCGCACGAUGAUAUUGAUUAUAACCAAAAAUUGGCCUUUAGCGACGACGAAGGUGAAUCAGAACAAUCGAAAAGUGACGAAAAGAAAGAUGCCAAGGAGAAAAAAGGCGAUGAUAAUGCCACGGAGGAGAAGGAGAAAUCUCGAGAUAAUCGAGACUCGAAGGAGCUCCGUGAUCCGCCACAUCGUUCUUGGACUCAACCUAUGAAUCGCGAUUAUCGUGGCUCGAAUGGUGCAAGUGGCUACGCCAAUCAAUCGCAAUUGCACUCUGUACACUCUUUAAGAGGUGUUGAGGACGAUGAGACAUGGAACGAACGUCGUAGAAUCAAGGUUGAAGUUGCAUCCGUUGUGGAGCGUGCGCGAUUGCGCAAGGAAGAAGAGGAGAAACGUUUCCAAGAAUCAACGAAACAAGCAGCGGCUAAGAAAUUGCAAGACUUGGAGCAAAAGAUGAAGGAAAAGCAGGCGAAACAUAAGGAUGAGGAACGUACGCAGUCUGGCGAAUCCAAGAGCUUGAUUAGCGUACCACCUGUACCUCUUCCUAUACCCGAAUGGGAGAGAGAGAAGGAGAAUAGAGAGCGAGAAAGUAGAGAACGAUCUCGUACCUCGUCUGAAGGAAAAGAUGAGAAAAUGAAUGCAACAAUAUGUAUACGCGAUGUUCGUGACAAUUUAAGAGAGAGCAGAGAUCAAGGACUGACGGAUUUUCGUCAGAGCGAUCGGCAAAAUUUUUUACGACAAGACACGGUGCGUAGCGAGCGUGAAAGGGAACGCGAUCGCGAUCGUGAACAAAGGGACUCGAGAGAUCGCGAGCAACCGGCGUUCUCCCGACACUUUCAGAAUAAUUUGCCGCCCAGGUUUCAAAAGCAACAGGCCGAGAGAAGUAGUGCGAAUUUCAACCGAAUUUCACCGAAUGCGGAAAGACCUGCUUCCCAGUCUGUUCCAUUCUCUCAACAAUACGAUCCCGGUAGAUGGCUUCACAAUUACAACUCAUUGAUAGAUAGCAGUAUGAAGCAACCUAUGCCAUCACAACGUCGUAAUAGAACCGAUUCGGACGCAUCGGCACCAUUGGACGAUGAACGACCUCCAUCUCGAGAUCAUCGUAGUGGCGCACCGCCGCCAAGAGAAGAUCGUUAUCGACAUUCUUCGCAUCGGUCAUACGAUAGCCGCAAACCAGGUGGCUAUUACGACGAGUACAGCCGUAAUUUCAGAGACUACGAGUACGAUGACAGGCAUCCUCGUGAUUCUUGGGAACGUGAGAGACAUUUUGAUGAUAAAGAACGAGAUUCAAAAGAGAGUUUGGACUCGAGAGAUAAUCGAGAUGUCCGUGACAACCGAGACAGUCGCGAUGUCAAAGAUUCUCGUUCUACUAGCCGUGAUACUCGGGAUGUGAGAGAUACGCGUGACAAAGACAAGAAGGAAUACGAUAAUUAUUCAAAGGAUUCUUUUGAUGAGCGAGAACGCGACCAAAGGGAACGCUCUGAGAACCCAGAAUGGCGUGAAGAACGCAACGUGGGACAAGACAGACAGCUUGAAAAUCGUCGCGACGCGCCGAAGGAAGAACGCAACGAACGUCCACAAAGACCCGACUCACGUGACAGUCGCACCUCCAGAGAAUCGAAAACAUCUUUGCGCGAUGACGAAUUGCACAAAUUACGGGAUUGCAGUUCUUGGGUAAACGAAGUGUCAGAUUAUGAGGAGAAGAAACGAGAUUUGUACCACGAAGAGACUAGGGAAAGAGAAAGAGAUAGAAGGCAACCGCCUGGUCCAGUUACUAAAGAGAAAAUCGAAGCAGACGAAUUGAAGAACGAGAAGCGCAGUCUGACUCAGCUGAAGAGAGGUAGUUCUGAUCUUCAAGAGAAGAAAGAACAGCCAAAGGAAAGUGGCGCCGACACGAAAAAGGAUACAGAUGUAUGGAAUAGAAAAACGGAACGUACUCCGGAAAGCAGACAGAUCGAUAGAGGUGAUAAUUCGCCGAAAGCAUGGGCUGACGCGAUAUCACCGACUUUUGAGAAAGAGGAAGAGAAGAUAGCAGAAGCCGUCAAAGAUGGCAAGGAAAGCGAUGAAAUUAAACAGAGCUUGUUGGAUAAGCCUGUUUCAGAAAAAAGAGAAGAAGUCAUUGCCGAGGAUGGCAAAGAGCAAGCUAAGGAUGAGAAGAGAGAAAAGAGUACUCGUAACAGAACGAGCAGUAGUGGCUCCAGUUCUAGAAUUCGGGAAGCUCGGGGUGGACGUCAAUGGGGAGGUACCUACAGCGUUUACACUCGUGGUUGGCGUGGCCCGGAAUCUAGAGGACGAAGAGGCGGACCACGACCUACUGGCAAAUCCGGGAUGUCCGCCAAAAGCGGUUCAUAUGGGCACACCGAUUCCGAGAACAGCGCUGACGAGAUAUCAGGCUCUACUGAAUCUGGAAAGGAGGAUAAGCGAUCGACUCGCUCCCCAAAACCGUCUCAGAAAGUUGAGAAGGAGGAGCGCAAUCGUGAAGUGUCAAGACGAGAGGAUAAGCGUGGUACCGAGUACUCUCAGACGCGCAGCGAGAAAAGAACGUAUGACGGUAAGCCCAGUCAUGAGGCUUUCGCGCCAUCAGGCGAACCGUCUCGUCGCGGCAGAGGCGGUUUUCGUAUCCGAAAUAGCCCAGCCACGGGCAGUCGUAUGGAAGGUUACGGACCGCCGUCUAGUAAAAGUCCGUUUUCGUCGGAACGUAAUACGGACGAGAAACAUCAACAAAUUGCCGGACGGCAAAAUUUACCAACUCCGACUUCAGAGAAAGAUGCGAGUCUCCUGCAAUCCGCGCCAGUUGAGUCUACUGACGAUAAGAUAAUUGCAAAACAACAGGCCCUUACAGCGGGUAUCACGGGUAGACGUAAUAAGUCUCCGAGUCAGCAAGCUCAACAGUCCGGUAACAAGCAAGAAGCGAGCCAUAAUCAAGUCGCCAACGUCCCAUCCCAGAAAGCACAAAUGCGAAAGGAAGAAUCCCGUUCCAAGAGAACUCGUAGUGGAAGUAGGAGGGGAAGGGAUAACCGCGAAGCUCGUUCACGCGGCAGCAGUGGCAAUGUAUCGAAACAGCCGCAAUCGGAUGUAGGUAACGAAGAUUGGGAAACUACAUCGGAGAACAGCGAGGAGCAUAUAGAGGAUCACAAAGAGUCUCGUAAUACCCGCAACAAGCAUUUUGGUGGACGAGCCAUUCAAUUGGCGAGCCAAAAUGCCAUCGGCGCUAAUGUGCAUUCCCGUAGAAACGAACAAUUGGUAAAUACUAGAGAACAACGUGAGAAAAAUCCCAAGUCUUCCAAUCCGGCGUCGCGAGCCCCGGGAGCAGAAAAACGAAAUCUGCAGAAUGCUGGAUUUAGCGCUCAAAAGAAUCACCCCGAUGGUAUACCGCCUCUGAUGCAAAAUGCGCAAAUACAGAAUGGAAGGUCGAGAAGUCAGAGCUCGACUAACAGCGGCGUGGUCGCAAAUAAAUCGAAUAAAGAUAGCAUGAUUAAUCGCAUUGACGAGAUAAAGUUGAGCGAUCCAAAUCUUGUGAAUCAAGCACUGAACGACCUUAAUAAGAAGUCCCAGACGAAAGAUAAGAAACUGGUGGAUUCGGAAAUCGAAACAAAUAGUUGUACCGAGGACGCUACAAGUGUUGCAGCGGAAGAUAAGGUAGAUGCUGAUGGUUUCCAAGAGGUGCGUUCGAAGAAAAAUGUAAAAGAAUCCCGACAUAAUCAGAAGGAGGAAGUAAAACCCAUUAAAAGAGACAAAGAGAAGGAACGUGAACGCGAUCGUUCGAAAUCGAAGUCGAAUGGAUCGCAGCAGGUUCUACAACAAGUGCAGAAUAUACCGCCUCUACUUGGUCAGAAUAUCCCACAACCGGCAAACAUACCGCAGAAGCAAUACGACAAUCGAAAUUCUCGAAAUCCAAGACUUGCACCACGGUUCCAACGUCUUGUGAAGCAGCAACAGCAGCAAAUGACCGAUGUGAGCGAUAUGAGCAAGCUGAAUAGCUCUGGUAACAAUUACGCUAAAGACUCUAACAGUCCCGCUCCUCCGCCAACGGUUAACGCUUGGGACAAACCUUUCACAAGCCAAUUGCGUUCGAAUUCUCCGUCUGCGGUCCCCACAGACAUUCAAUUAAUGUCAGGUUUAACAGCUCAAAAUGAUCACAGCCAUGAAGGUAAUGAGGCUAACUCGGGACACAGCAGCCAACGAAAUUCACCGAGUGGAGAGAAAACGGGGAAGAAUCUGAAGGAAACUCUAACGGAUAAGAAUGUAUCCGAUGUAUCUUCGCCUCCCGUACAGACCUUAAUCUUUGAAAAUACAAAUUAUUCAAAGACGACCAAAACGUCCGGAUCAACCGAUCUGGCGGUGAAAUCCAAGUUUUCAAAUCACAUUAAGCAACAGCGCGCCGAGAAGCGUGCGGAAAUAGAAGAGGAAGGCAACCAAGUCCAACAGCAUCAACAACCGGCGCUCUCCGUUGCAUUUUCCAAUAAACCAAACGACUUGAUCAAGGACAAGAAUCAAGAACCUAUCCAAAUGCCUUUGUCGUUUAAUAAGAACGAAGACAAUGCCGACAUGAAAUUGGACUUUACUUUUGACUCCGAUCUUUCGCAAUUGACGGAUGAUAAGAGCAAGAGUUUAGGCAUGGCACGCUCCAUGCACAUGGCUGGUGGACAAAGCACGAUAUCACCGUCGACCGCGGAGCUCAACCUUAAAAUCGCGUCCGUAAAGAAAGUCUGGGAGAAUGCGACACCAAUGCCAACCGUGGUCGAGCACGAGGAUGGCACCAGCGUCGUCAGUAGCGCGACCAGCUUCCCGCAGGCGUUUGAAAGCGGCGACGUCGAUGACAGUUACAGCCCUCACCAACAAUACAAUCAGAGCAAUAUAAAAAAUGAAAUCACAACAUCUACAAACGUAUGCAAGCUGGUUCCCCCGCAGGUGAAGCCGCAGCAACAGUCUUCGGGGAGCAGUGGUACGCAACCAGGAUCUACUGUACCUGGACCAAGUCCCAUCGGAGCUGGUCAAAGUCCAAUUGGCCAUCCUCCUGUUAGUCUCCAAGGUCCCCUAAGUCCACCUCCAUUUAAUUCUACAGGACAGCCCUCACAUAUUAACUAUCAGGAAUUUCCACAGUAUCCUGGUUCACAGGCGGCGCAAUAUGGUGGCAUGUCAGCUAUACCGUCACCACCGGCGGUAUUAUUUAACACUGGCUCGGGACAAUUGCCAGCCCAAGCGGGCGGUUUAUACGGAGCGUUCCAGUUAGAUCAAAGCCGAUCACCGUUUACACAGUACGCGCCAUACGCUCCGUCCCUUCAGAGCUCGUUCAGCCAACAAAAUGUAUAUUUGCAGCAACCACCACCGCCACCACCUCACGCGCCAAAUGCUCCCACACCAGAAAUGUACCAGAACAACUUAUCCCAAUACCGCAUUACCGCAGCAGCUGGUCCGCCAUUUGGACAGAAUCAGCAACUCAGUAAUAAUCCUAAUACGGUACUAAUCAGUUCGUCAUCAAAUUCUCUAAUGUCGGCAAGCGUUAAACCGUCGUCUCAACCAAUUGGAGCAAUCGGAACUAAAGCUCCGCAUUUCCAGACCCCAUCUGCUCCCCAACCCAAUCAGUUGGCUUAUAUACCAUACGAUCCAAAUCAAGUGCUCGGUGUAAGCGGUAGUUACAUGAGCAAUUCGCAAUUAGUGCAGAGACCCGGUCCAAAUGUGCAAGCAUCCAACAGUUAUUAUAGUGCUACAUCCGCCGAUGUAUUUCCUGGAUCACAAACAGGCUUCUAUCAAUCCGGUGGUGCUACUCAACAAACUGGAACUCACUAUGGUCUUCAAGGAUUUGGCCAGCAUAGCCAAAGUCUGGCAACAGGUAGUGCAACCCCUGUUGGUCUACAAAAUUAUGGCCCCAGCUUUCUAUCCAGUUCAGGAUUGCAAAUAGCUGCAGCAGCUCAACAAUUUCGCAAUCCUACUGGUGGUCUGCCAGGACCAGGAAAUGCAGCACCUACGUUUCUUAGUAAGCACCAACCGCAGGAGCAGCCUAGACAAUUAAAGAGCCCAUCAGGAAAUCAACAGGAUGUGCUUGCAUCAGUUUUUAGCUCAACUCCUCAAAUACCAUCGCCUAAAUCAAGAAAUUGCAAACAGCAAUCUUCAUCACAACAACCACAGCCGAGUCCUACACAACAUCACAAAUAUCAACAAUAUCAGGGCGUUAGUCAGUCUGCUCUGGUAAGCAGCUACAAUAACUACGUUUUACAACAGAAUGUACGUGGAAUGGGUAUGCCGCCUCGUGCUGGUAUCCAACCAUCGCAACAGCGUUAUCCACCACCGAUACAACGUCCCGUAGUACCGUUUACAGGUCCAAACCCAAAUAAUCCCACGCAACAACAGCCUGCUUGUAUGCCAACACAGCAGCAGCAACAAGCGCAAAUUAAUCGUCACAGACCAAAUUUACACCAGCAACAACAACAGCAACGUAACAUGAAGAUGCAGCAACAAUAUUAUUCAUCACAAGGGAACGUUAAAAUGGAUUCCAAUGACAAAUCUGACAACCAUAAUGACAAGAUGAAUGAUGGUCCGUCUGGAACGCAAUCUGGGAGCAACAAGCCCAAUGUGAACCAACAAGAUAGUGAUAACAAUAAGGAAGAAGUGAAUCAACAAAACGAGUGAACGUGAAUAUUCGUGAGGGUGAACUUGUUCUUCCAUUUUGUGGAAAACAUCUUUCUUUGAUUAAACCUUUGAUAUAAUCUCGUCGAAAAAUAAGGGCAAAGACUAACGUGCUUUUCCACUUCUCGAGGAAAAAGCACGCCAGUGUCACAAUGGAAUUCGUUUCUCUACGAAAUCACGUGCUUAUAUAAUCGACUAGUUAAAUAGAUUGAUUAAAAAUCUGAGUUUUCUGCUGUAUUGAAAGAAAGAACUUGUAGAAAGGUAACAUUAUCUCUACGCACCUUUCCUGUUCUUUAGUUCUAACAGCAUAAACUUACCGUCUUUUGUGCAGUCAAAAAGACGUUUAUUAAGCAUUUCCAUUAUUAAAUAAUAUCGAACAUACAUAAACAUAUUUAAGAAUGGCGACAAGUUAAUCAGCGCUGAUUGAUACUGUUACAAAAAGCUUGAAAAAGUGACACAUUCAAAUUGUCGUGUAAUGUUUGAAUACUUGACUCAAAAUAUGUGCCGUCGUCGAGUGAAAUGUUAAUUGAUUACAAAUGCGAGUCAUAUAAAAAAAUGUUCUGUAUCGUUAAGGAGUCACGUUCGUGAGGUUGUAUCUAUGGGAAGUGAGAUAAAAAAAAAUCUACACGGACUCUAUAUGUAUACAUUCAUAUAUAUGUAUAUCUCUCUGUACCCAGAUCAGGAUCAGCCUGCGGUAAACGAUACUGUAUGCCCUAGGACGCACGAUGCACGUUUUCUUGAUCACGUCAGGAGAAGAAGAAAGUGCAAGAGUAACCACGAAAUGUUACAAUUCUUGCAAUUUCGUACAUGUAGCAUGUUCGAAAGGACUGAAACAAGCGGCGACGUAAAGUCCUCCGUUUAUCCGAACAAUAAGAAGCGGAAUCACUUACCGAUUAGGAUGAUAUCCACGAGUCUGAUAUAAGCACGACUAUGUCGCCCGUAUAUAUUGCGACAAGGAAAAGCUCCAUGUAUAUUGGUCGUUUUGUCGAUGACGCGAGGUCAUGGUGAGGUUUGCGCGACGGAAAUAGGAAACUGUUGUUUAUAGGUAUCGCGCGAAUUAUCAUGAUCUAACUUCAUUCGCGACGAGUUUCAAUCAUUAGGUAUAUAAGAUAUUGCUUGUGAAGCGUGAAAAGCCAUACGGAUUAUAUCGAGUCUUUUCACGCUUAGAAAGAUUAUGUUGGAUCAACCGAACCGCAAUCUAAACUACUACUAUCGCAACGUACGAAAAGGAUUGUAUAUUCUCUGCUUUCGUUGCAGUUAAAGCUUUGUUAUAAAGAUAAAGCCCAUGAAAAUAAAUAGUAGUAUUCACAAGAGUCCACCGUUGCCAGAUUUAUUUAGCAAAAAUAAAUGUGGCCAUGCCCAUUACGCCUCGAUUUUACGAAAGAAGUAUAGGCGCUGUUGAGAUAAGAUGUAACUUUCAACAAAAAGAAAAAAACACGAUAUAUACUGCCAGUCGUACUGACGACCACUAUCUUUGAACUCUGAGAAUUUUUCAUGUCAUACUCGUGAUGUCUGUGUGAAUAGUGAAGAAAAACGUGUAUUAGAAGAAGAGACAUUCUUAAUACGUAGGCUUGUUAAAAAAAUUUAACACUUCAAUGAAUUUAGAGAAUAUCGAUUAGAAAGAGGAUAAAGAUUGCGAUUAUUCCCUUUCACCCCGAAAACUUUUUCUCUGACGCAUUGAGAACUUGAGGAAAGUUAUUAAGAAAAGAGUAUAAUGUAAAUCGACAUAAUGAUGAUGUCACGAACUGCUUGAAAUAGACGUGAGGCUACAAUUUCUUUCGCGUUACAAAGAAUUGAAUCCUUGGUCAAGUAGCGCGGGCAAUGUAUACAAUAUUAAAAAAAAAAAAAGAUACUGUUGAAGUCUCAAAAAAAAACCAGUAGUAAAUGCUUUUCUCUUAUGUUAUUGCUUAAUUCUUCAGUAAUCGUAUGACACGCUAUUGCGUAAUGUGUCUAUUGAUUUUGUCGCCAAUGUGACAUUCAUACGUAAUACAUUGAAAUUUUGCCGGUACAAACUUUUAAUGUAUUUGUAUACUUGAAAAGCGCAAUUGUAUAUCAACGUUACGAUAGAGCAACUGAUUAGACUGUACGAGUACUGAAGAAUCGAGUUCUAUCGUAAGCAUCAUUAUCACGAUGGCUAUUACUACUCCGAUCAUUAGUAACAUCAGCAGCAGGAUCAUUAUUGUCAGCAGCAUUGUAACAGUAGUGUAGGAGUAGAAGUAGCAGUGGUAAUAGUUGGUGUUUGCAGUAAGCGUUAUUAUAUUAAUGAUAGUUUUAAUAAUAGCCAUAAUAAUAAUUGCAAUAAUAGUAACAGGAGUAGUAACAUCAGCAGCAGUAAUAGUACUAUAGUGAUGAUUGUCUCGUUUUCCUUAUUCUUUUUAAUUUUGAUAGAAUUUUUAUGAUUUUUAUCCUUUUAUCAGCAUUUGCUUAAUUUUCUUACUAUCUAGUACAUUAUUGUAAAGAACUGAUUUUGUUACUGUAACUAUUACUAUUGCUAUUGCAAUUUGCCGCUAUUAUGUCUAUUAUCAUUGUUUCAAAUCGUAUUAUUAUUUGUACUAUUAUCGUUACUAUCAUUAUCUUUUCUUACUAUUAUUACUAUUAUGCUACUAUUGCCGUACUACUGAUUAAUAUAUUUGUUAUUAUUAUUAUUAUAGCUAUUAUUGUUAUCAUUUAUCACUAUUACUAUUGCUCUUGUUAGUACUAUCACUAUUUUAUAACUACUUAUUAUUACGAUUGCGAUUAUUACUGUACAUUAUUAUUAUUAUCAUCAUCACCUGCUACUACUACUACUGCUGCUGCAAUUACUACUAUUACUGUUAGUACAACUGCUAUUUUUAUUAUUAUUUUACGUUAUUAUUUUAAUUAUUAUUGCACGUGUACACUCGGUGGAUAAUGAAGGUGAAGAAUAAGCUAAAAAGAGUAAGUAAAUUAAAGAAGUACGUUCAGUUGUAUGGGUAUGUCUCAUAAGAUAUUUUCUCGAUGAAUUUUAUUAAAAAUAUUAAAAUUUGUUUAACGAUUUAUUGUAGCUUAAAUGCGAAAUGGAUUUUGUUUAUAUCACACAUAGAUUCGAGCUGGUCUGUCGUAUUACAACAAUUGAUUAGUCGUUUUACAACGAUACUAAAAAGUACUUUUAACGGUUUUUACUAUACAUAGGACCAUAUAUUUUAAUGUAUAAGAAUGCGAGAUAUUAUUUAUGUAGAGUGUCGUUUUUGUCGAAUUUAUUGUAUCUUUUUCCCGCUUUUUAGCAGGUGAAAAAGUCAACAAAUGAUCUUCGUAUAUAAUUGUUACUAUCGAUGGCAAUAUAUGAAUUGUUGAUAUUUUAUUGUAAAGAUUUUUCGCGAAUAAUUUUUUUGUACGUUUUCUGAUAUUUAACGUUUUAAGUAUUAACGAAUUGAAAGUAAUACGACAGACCCGUUUACCCAUCGCAGGGCGCCUGUAAUUAUUAUCUGUAGUUAGAAAUAUGACAAACAUUACUUAUACACCAACGUGCUAAAACGUGAAAAUAAAAUAGUAAACGGCAAUUUGCUACUAUUAA